UCACGUAGUUGGAGGUUUCCAGAAGCGCUAGCAUCGCCGCGCCGCGCAAUUCUCGGUGGCCGGAGCGCGUGUUUGCUGUCUCGUAUUUCCACCAUUUAGCAGCCAUGAUAAGCGCCAGCCGAGCCGCAGUAGCUCGUCUUGUCGGCGCCGCAGCCUCCCGGGGCCCCCCAGCCGCUCGCCACCAGGAUGGCUGGAAUGGCUUUAGUCAUGAAGCUUUUAGAAUUGUUUCAAGGCGGGACUAUGUAUCAGAAGCAAUCAAGGGAGCAGUUGUUGGUAUUGAUUUGGGUACUACCAACUCCUGUGUGGCAGUUAUGGAAGGUAAACAAGCAAAGGUGCUAGAGAAUGUUGAAGGUGCCAGAACCACCCCUUCAGUUGUAGCCUUUACAGCAGAUGGUGAGCGACUUGUUGGCAUGCCGGCCAAGCGACAGGCUGUCACCAACCCAAACAACACGUUCUAUGCUACCAAGCGUCUCAUUGGCCGGCGAUAUGAUGACCCAGAAGUUCAAAAAGACAUUAAAAAUGUUCCUUUUAAAAUUGUCCGUGCCUCUAAUGGCGAUGCCUGGGUUGAAGCUCAUGGAAAACUCUAUUCCCCAAGUCAGAUUGGAGCAUUUGUGUUGAUGAAGAUGAAAGAGACUGCAGAAAAUUACUUGGGGCAUACAGCAAAAAAUGCUGUGAUCACCGUCCCAGCGUAUUUCAAUGACUCUCAGAGACAGGCCACUAAGGAUGCUGGCCAGAUAUCUGGAUUAAAUGUGCUUCGGGUAAUUAAUGAACCCACAGCGGCUGCUCUGGCCUAUGGUCUAGACAAAUCAGAAGACAAAAUCAUUGCCGUAUAUGAUUUAGGUGGUGGAACUUUCGAUAUUUCCAUACUGGAAAUCCAGAAAGGAGUAUUUGAGGUGAAAUCCACCAAUGGAGACACUUUUUUAGGUGGUGAAGACUUUGACCAGGCCUUGCUGCGUCACAUUGUGAAGGAGUUCAAAAGAGAGACAGGGGUUGAUUUGACCAAAGACAACAUGGCGCUUCAAAGGGUUCGGGAAGCCGCUGAGAAGGCCAAGUGUGAACUCUCUUCAUCUGUGCAGACUGACAUCAAUUUGCCAUACCUUACAAUGGAUGCCUCUGGACCCAAGCAUUUGAAUAUGAAGCUGACCCGGGCUCAGUUUGAGGGGAUUGUUACUGAUCUAAUCAAAAGGACCAUAGCUCCAUGCCAAAAAGCCAUGCAAGAUGCAGAAGUCAGCAAAAGUGACAUAGGAGAAGUGAUUCUGGUUGGUGGCAUGACUAGGAUGCCCAAGGUUCAGCAGACUGUGCAGGAUCUCUUUGGCCGAGCCCCAAGUAAAGCUGUCAAUCCUGAUGAGGCUGUGGCCAUUGGAGCUGCCAUUCAGGGAGGUGUGUUGGCUGGUGAUGUCACAGAUGUGCUACUCUUGGAUGUCACUCCCCUGUCUCUGGGUAUUGAGACUCUGGGAGGUGUCUUCACCAAGCUUAUUAACAGGAACACCACUAUUCCAACCAAGAAGAGCCAGGUGUUUUCUACAGCUGCUGAUGGACAGACUCAAGUGGAGAUUAAAGUGUGUCAGGGUGAAAGAGAGAUGGCUGGAGACAACAAACUUCUUGGACAGUUUACUUUGAUUGGGAUUCCCCCAGCCCCUCGUGGAGUCCCUCAGAUUGAAGUUACAUUUGACAUUGAUGCCAAUGGGAUUGUACAUGUUUCUGCCAAAGAUAAGGGUACAGGACGCGAGCAGCAGAUUGUGAUCCAGUCUUCCGGUGGGUUAAGCAAAGAUGAUAUUGAAAAUAUGGUUAAAAAUGCAGAGAAGUAUGCUGAGGAAGACCGGCGAAAGAAGGAACGAGUUGAAGCAGUUAAUAUGGCUGAAGGAAUCAUUCAUGACACAGAAACCAAGAUGGAAGAAUUCAAGGACCAAUUGCCUGCUGAUGAGUGCCACAAGCUAAAAGAAGAGAUUUCCAAAAUGAGGGAGCUCCUCGCUCGAAAAGACAGUGAAACAGGAGAAAACAUAAGGCAGGCAGCAUCUUCCCUUCAGCAAGCAUCAUUGAAGCUCUUCGAAAUGGCAUACAAAAAGAUGGCAUCUGAGCGGGAAGGCUCUGGAAGUUCUGGCACUGGGGAGCAAAAGGAAGAUCAAAAGGAAGAGAAACAGUAACAGCAGUAAACUUUGGAGUCGAAAGGACAACAUAUUAUGAUGCUUGGGAGUGAAGGGAUUUCCUGAGCUGAAAUGGGCAAAACUUCAAUCUUCUACUGUGUUUUUGCAGUACUCUAUAUAUAAUUUCCUGAAUAUGUAAAUUAGUGACCAUUAGCUAAUGAUCAUUUAACAAGUGAUAAUUCCCAACAGUACAAAGUUCACAGUAUUCUGUCCCUAGCCUGUCAUUCUUUUUCAGCUGCAUGUAAGAUGGGGGGAAAAGUUAUAACGUUGUUUUGUGCUGAAGUAGCUGUAUUUUCAAAGGGGUGAAGCCAUCUCACACGCUGAAGACAGGUCUGGAAUGAGACCAUAGGGGGAUGAGAUCCUUCUAGUUACCUAAGUACUGCUGUACCAGCCUGUGUGUAUAUGGAGUUCUUCAACUGAGGCCUUGCAAGGCAAGCCAGCUAGCUGUGCCAUGUUGGGAGGUAGGGCAGGGGAAGCUGAAUCAAUGGAAAACUAAGCUAGCUAUUUAUGUGAGGUCCAGCUUCUAAAACACAAGUCUCCCAAACUUUCUGAAGGCAUACUUUCCUAGCUACCCUUUGGCCUGUGUCAGUGGCAUCUGUAUCUCUGAUGACUGUUCUUUUUGAUCCAUUCUGGAUUUUUAAAAAAAUAAAUAGGAAAAGCA